CCUGAACUGUGCAAAACAGGCGGUAGCCCUUCCAAGCCCCCCCAGACCAGCGGAGGCACAGAUGCUCUGCUGCAUGGCAGCCCCGGUAAGGGAUCAAUUUGACAAUCUCGAAAAACACACGCAGUGGGGUAUCGACGUUCUGGAAAAAUACAUCAAGUUUGUUAAGGAAAGGACCGAAAUUGAAAUCAGCUAUGCAAAGCAACUUAGGAACCUUUCAAAGAAAUACCAGCCCAAAAAGAACUCCAAAGAAGAGGAUGAAUACAAGUACUCGUCAUGUUGCGCCUUCUUAGCCACCUUGAACGAAAUGAACGACUACGCCGGGCAGCACGAGGUCAUUUCGGAGAACAUCACCGCCCAGAUCACCACUGCGCUGGCCCGCUACGUGCAAGAACUGAAGCAAGAGAGAAAAGCGCACUUCCACGAUGGACGGAAGGCUCAGCAGCAUAUCGAGACUUGCUGGAAACAGCUCGAGUCGAGCAAAAGGAGAUUCGAACGGGAUUGCAAAGAAGCUGACAGAGCGCAGCAGUAUUUUGAAAAGAUGGAUGCUGACAUCAAUGUAACGAAAGCCGAUGUUGAAAAGGCCCGGCAGCACGCUCACCUCCGGCAUCAGAUGGCCGAAGAGAGCAAAACGGAGUACUCCUCGAUGCUGCAGAAGUUCAACCAGGAGCAGAACGAGCAUUACUACACGCACAUACCCAGCAUAUUCCAGAAAAUACAAGACAUGGAGGAGAGGAGGAUCGCCCGGCUCGGCGAAUCCAUGAAGGCCUUCGCAGACGUGGACCGACAAGUGAUCCCCAUCAUCGGGAGGUGUCUGGACGAGAUCACAAAAGCGGCGGAAUCCAUUGAUCAGAAGAAAGACUCCCAGCUGGUCGUGGAGGUCUUUAAGUCUGGCUUUGAGCCUCCAGGCGAUGUCGAAUUCGAAGACUUCACCCAGCCUAUCAAGCGCACGGUCUCCGAAUCGAGCCUCUCGAACCCCAAGGACGGCAAGUCGGAGUCCCGCUUCAGCAGCAAGUCCAAGGGCAAGCUGUGGCCGUUCAUCAAAAAGAACAAGCUUAUGUCCCUUUUAACAUCCCCUCAUCAGCCUCCUCCUCCACCCCCUUCCUCUGCCUCUCCCUCUCCUGUUCCCAAUGGCCCCCAGUCGCCCAAGCAGCAAAAGGAACCCCUCUCCCAUCGCUUCAACGAGUUCAUGACCUCCAAACCCAAAAUCCACUGCUUCAGGAGCCUAAAACGCGGGCUUUCUCUCAAGUUGGGUGGUGGACCAGAGGACUUCAGCAACCUCCCCCCUGAGCAGAGAAGAAAGAAACUGCAGCAGAAGGUGGACGAGCUCAACAAGGACAUCCAGAAGGAGGUGGACCAAAGGGAUGCCUUGACGAAGAUGAAGGACGUGUACAUCAAGAACCCACAGAUGGGCGACGCGGCCAGCGUGGACCACAAGCUGGCCGAGCUCGAGCACAACCUCGAGAAGCUGCGGCAGGAGGCGCGGAAGUUUGAGGGCUGGCUCACCGAAGUGGAAGGCCGGCUGCCUGCACGGCCCGAGACGAUGCGCCGCCAGAGCGGGAUGUACGACCCGCAGAACACCUUGACCGUCAACAACUGUGCCCAGGACCGCGAGAGCAGUCCGGAUGGCAGUUACACAGAGGAGGCGAGCCAGGAGAGUGAGGCCAAGGUGCCCGCGCCGGAGUUCGAUGACGAGUUCGACGACGAGGAGCCACUGCCCACCAUCGGAACAUGCAAGGCCCUGUACACCUUCGAAGGCCAAAAUGAAGGAACGAUUUCUGUAACGGAAGGAGAGACCCUGUUCGUCAUCGAGGAAGAUAAAGGGGACGGCUGGACGCGGAUCCGGAGGAACGAGGAUGAGGAGGGCUAUGUCCCCACCUCCUAUGUUGAAGUCUUUUUGGAGAAGAAUGUCAAAGAUUCCUAAAAGUGCUGGUGGCUGGGACAAGAGCCUCGGGGCGAGCGGGCACAAGAGGAGGAACACUGGUCUGGUUUUUUGUUUUGGCUUUUUCCUUCCCCGGUUUUGUUUCCAAGCACCUCUUUUUGACAGGGGGGUUGCUGCACAAGGCACCCCCGCUCCUCUGGCCCAGCGUGGAGCCAGCCUUGGUGGAGCGAGGAGCAGCGUAAGGCGCCAGUCCCACAUCAUCACUCGGUUGCUUGCUAAGCUCUCCCCGGCAUGGCACCUGCUGCCUCAGACUAACCCGCCGCCCUUUCCCCUCCCUACAUCGUCGUUCGCGUAGGGUGCAACGCCGGAACAGACACCCAUGCCUUCCAUUCUGCCCCGUGGCCUCUCCAGAAAAGGGAGACUGGGCGCCUCCUUGGGGAAGCCGGCCACUCUUCCUCACAGCCCUUCCAGCUCAGUUAUUCUUGCCAGUUUUCCGACAGGAAAAAUGAGGCUGAAAGAGCGGCUGGCCAGCCAGUGCCUUCAUAGCCAAGGUGGGACGUUGAGCAAGCGGCAGACACAGCCGUCCGUGGCCAGCCUGCCCCGACCCCCGACCUCUCUCUCGCUCGCUCUGCACGGAAGGUGGGCGGACAUGGAACCUGUGGGCCAGCUGAGGCUCUCCACAUUUCCCCCCAGAGUGCCCCGCUCACGUGCCUACAAGUUAACGUCUUUUUCAAAUGCACACCUAUGUCCCUUUAGGAAAAAUGUGGAUUUUUCCUGGCCAAAAAGUUUGCAUCUUUUCAUUUCCUGCACCUGCAGACAAGUAAGGUCAAGUGUACAAAUGGCGAGUCUAAAAGGAAAGCUGUCUGCACAGAACCUGGAACCCGAGGCAGGGAUGGUCCACGAAGCUUAAAGCACAGGCGCACGGCUUCGAGGCCCUGCGGAGAUAGUACUUUCCCACAGGCAGCCUGCAAGCAAAAGCAUGUUUUUAAAAAUGGCAAAAUAAAGCAGAAAUCAGAAGGAAGGAACUUGGUGGGUGCUGGGAGAGGUGCUUGAGGCCUGUUGCUGAGACCCUGUUGUUAAGGGAACAGCCGCUCUGACCGUGGGGAGGAGCCAGUGGAAGGGCCAGUCCUUCAGAAAUCUCACCUUGGCUAAGAAGACACUUGCUAGCCCAUCGGCAAGCAGAGUGCCCUGGCUCAGCCACCCAGCAGCAUGAAAACGGUGCUCGCUCGUAGGGUUCCCACCACACACGUGCUGAGCUGAUGCAAGUGCCUAACCGUAAUAAACUGCAAAAAUACAUCAGCAUAGUAGUAGGAUCCAUAAAUAGUUCCAUCUAUUUCCAAACAGAACAUUUGUGCUAGUUGCUGCUUCUCGGUGCCCCCUGCCCAGUGGGUGUAUUGAGCACGCACACCUGUGUAUUAUUUGUGUGGAGCCCCUGGCGAAGUUCGGGCAACACAACGCACCUUCCAGGGCUGACUAGACGGUGGGUCGUUGGUAAACCACAGGUUAGCAUGUUGUCUGAACCCAGUCACCACAUCCAGUGGCUUUCCUCCCAGCGAAGUGCAGAAGGAUCCGCACUCGCGCCAGAACAGGCUCCAUCAUCCACCACCUUGUGGCUGGCCAGCUCUCAGGCGUUCUGUAGUUUCGGCCUGCACUGGGCCGUCUGCCGCCUCGACCGGCCGUGGCGUGCCCCGGUGCCUGGCUGCCUCUGCCUCGUGCUCAGCAGUGGAGUGGGGCAGAAUCCCCACUUUAAAAGCAAAAAUCAGUGGCAAAACAGGGCUUUGGAAGAGCAAAGUAGCGACAGAAAGUACGUGUGCUGAGGUGGCGAACAGCAGGUGUUACCUGUUGAAACAGGCCGUCUCUUCUUUUUGCUGCCUCGUGGCUGCUGCAGGGCCCCCGGGAUAGCACCCCCCCCUCCAAACUCUGGAAGCUCCUUUCGCCUAAUGUGUGUUGGAGAUGAAACCUCUGGGGACGUACAGUUUGCAUCGGUGCAUGCUGACCUUUUGACCGGGGUAUUUUUGAAAAGACCCUACAGUUCCCGGGACCCUCUCGCCAUAAAAGAGGCGCUGGUCCUUCCUCCGAGGCGUUCAGAGGCCCUGCCACUUUUCCUUGCGUCCAGGUAGCCAUUUUUCCCUCUUCCAUUUUGCCUGGGUUUGCACCCAGUGCCUGGGGCUGGUUGGAGAGCGCCAGCAGGCCCUCUCCAAAACUGGAGCCGGUCACCCCUGGCCUUGCCGGAAGGGCUUGGACAGCUGGCCGGGCAGCCCUCGCAGAGGCCUCGCCGAGUGCCCCCGAAUGCCGUCCGUCCCCCCGCAUGGCCAGAAAGACGCCUGCUCUUGGCCCGUGGCCUGUUCUCCGCAGACCUCCGUUUCCGCCGCCUCUCCGCUCGCAUGCUCGCCCUGCUGCCUUGCCUGCAUCCACCUGCCUUUUUAAGGUGCUCCAUUUAAUCUCACCGCUGCCGUUUUUAAUGUCUUUGGUUCCUUCUUUUAGCACCUCAAGACCUCCCCUCUCCUUCUGCAUGCUCUCUCUGCACGCUGUUGCAUUUUACUUCUCUGGCUUUUCCGACCCUGCCCUGCCCUGCCCGCCCCGCCCGGCCAUCUCAGCCAAGUUGCACUCUGAUCCCCCCCCCGCCCACCUGCCCGGUCUCCGUUGCAACACAGCCACCCCCUCCCCCACUCAGGUCUGCCUCAGAAUCUCAUUUUGGGGACCCGUGUUGUCGAUGAAAGGGGAAUCUGUCUUGUGGGGGAGCCCCUCGCGAGAGGAGACGGCAGCACUGCUGAAAGCUGCACUGCUGGGCAUCGUUGCUUCGGGGGGUGGCUUGCCAUGGGGCCUCCGGACCUCCCAGACAUCCGCUGUUCUCCAGUCAAGUGGACCAGAGCAUGACCCCUCGUUUCGACAGCAGCUGACAGAGCAGCACCAGGAGUCCGGCCAGUCUUUACAUACUCUACCCUGGAAGGCCUAAAUAGCUGUGCUGAAGAAGCCUCAGUUCUCCACCAAAGGGCCGGGAUGGAUUUGGGUCAGUGCGUGCGCUUCGGCCACGCAAUUGUCCCCAAUUGUGAAGAGAUCGCUGCCUUGCCGCGUCACCUGAGCCACCUGCCUGCACCAGAGGCAGCAGGAAAAAAGUGCCACCUGUGUGGGCCAGCUCAGAGAGAGAGAGAGAGAGAGAGAGAGAGAGAGAGAGAGAGAGAGAGAGACUGCUUGCCUAAGGGACACACGGCCCCUCUGAAGACGGCAGGAGUCGAAGAAUAUCAAUAUCCUUUAUCAAACCCAGCCCAGCAUAUGUCACCCUGGACGGCCAUGUGCCAAGCCGGGAGAGGGGCUCUGCGCAGAGGCAGGGCGACGAGCUUGGCGUGCAGCUCGUCCCAGGCGCGAUCCCUGCCAAAUCCACAGGGCAGCCUGUCUAGCUGAGGGGGGCAGAACCGCCAACCCCGGCUGAGGUCUGGCCUUCUGCGGCUCCCAAAUGCGUCUCCUCUCCCUCUGCCACCCUCUUUCCGUCCGUUGCCAGCCAUGUGGCGCUUUCCUGGUCUUUGUGCAGAGUUUCCCCCAUUCUAAGAAGACUUCCCUAAAGUCUCAUUUUAAGCUAGAAGUGGCUGGCGUUUGUGGCUUUGUUUUUUGCUUCUGCCCCUAAGCUGGGAGGUUCUGCACCCUCGGGGGAAUUAAUCCCGGGCGGGAGGGACAGAUGCCAUGGGAGGCAGCACUCUGCGUUCCUGAAAGGGGUGACUUCCGUGGUUCCCAGGUCAGCGCAGGUGAGCUCGCUCAGGGGCCCCCUCCCCGGUGACGAGAGCACUGCUGCGGCCCAGCCUUCGCUGGCCGCCCCCGGGAUGCGUGGCGAAGGGCUCUUCGGACACGGCCUCCAGGGACGGCCUCCGCAGCUGCAGGUGCGGCGAUGGGACACAGUUGCGCAGGCAUCCCACUGGCUCCCCUGGGGCAUUUCUUGGACAGCUGCCAGCCACAAAAGCCGGCGUGAGACUUCGUGGAGGCUUCCGUUUGGCCGCUGUGAAAAGCAGACCCCAGGAGGGCCUUUCCUCUGGGUGGGUUCCCAUUCGGGGAGUGUUUUCCCACAGACAUGACCACUGGCUAAAACGGUGCUGCCGGCUCUCCGAAUCUUGGGGACCGCAAGGCCGCUUUUCUGCCUCCCUGUAAAUUAAGGAGCCCUUGCAGUGCUGCAGGGAAAGCAGAAAUGGGGCGGCAGAGCCCUUGUCUGCGCUGCAGCUGGCCAUAAAUGCCACCGCAGCAGGGUGGAACGCAGCCGAGAGCGUCCACUACCCCGAUGGGGCGAUGCAGGACGGAGCCCGCAAAUGCCUUUGGCCCCAGCUGUGCUCCUCGCAGGGGGCCUGCUAGGUCUGCACCUGUGCAGCAGUCUCCACCCUGGGGACAGCUUGGCUUUUUCAGCUCGGCUGCCGUGCGAGGGGCAGCUUUCCAGCAGCAGUCCCCCAGCCCUCUUCCCCACCACGAGGCAACUAUGCUUGCAAAAAAACCCCGUCACAGGAGGUGGGGGGAUUUCUCCAAAAACAACCCCCCACGCAUGUUAAUUGCGAUCAGUAGGAACAAUCCCAACCCCUUCCAUGGAUGCCGAUGGGAAAAUGCUGCUCCUGCCCCUCCUUUUAAGUGCCUGGCAACUCCCUGGUCCACUGAGCAAUCGUGCUUUGUCCCGGUUUUAUGGCAAACUGAACUGCCGUCAGAGGGGAGCAAGGAGGUGCCUCCUCCAAGCCGACCCAGAUGGAGCCCAGACCUUCUCUAGGCCGGAUUUACGAGCAGAAACGCCCUCAAGUGCCGCCCUCCCUGCCCCGUGACGGGCCUCGGGGUUCCUGCCCCGCUCCACCCGGUGGCCACGAGCCUCCCGCCCCAAGGAGGGCUGCAGCCACAGCCCAUCGUUCCCCGUUUUGGAGAUCAGUGCAGCUCCGAAGGGCAAGAAGUCGAAGUGAAUAAGGAGACCACGGGGUUGCGUGCUGCCUCUUUGUUUUGGUUUUUGUGAUGUUUCCACUUAUGGUUGCGAUGACAAAACAGGAACUGGCUUUUCUCCCUUCCUUUUCAUUGUUGGUUUGUUUGAUGUCACUGCUGUAUGACUAAGAGAGAGGUCUGCUUGUUGAUAUACAUAUAAUAUAUAUAAAUAAAUAUAUUUAAGCUAGGUGGACAGUAUAUUAUUGUCACCCUACCAGGAACGUCCAAAUGACUGCAGCGUCCACACAGCUUUUUUGCAAGGAAGGUCGAAUCCUGCCUGCUCCUCACGACUUAGGACUGUGGAGAAACAGGUCCUAGGAGUUUUUAAAAGCUGAUGCUUUCUUGGUACAUCCUUCUCGCUUUGAAGAACACACUGACAAAAACGGCAUUUGGGAAAAGUUACUUCCUUUCCCAGAAGUCCACAUUUUCCAGGAAACCAAAGCGCAGAGGCACGGUGCCCAUUGAGCCGGGUGCUUUGGCGGAGGACAGCCGGGGGUGUGCGAUAGAUGGGAACAUUUCUGAGAGCAAGCAGCCCCGGUGCUCUUCUUCCAGGCUGGUGUGAAGUCUGAAAAAUGCGUCACAGCUUGAAUGAGGGAAAAGCCAGCGGUGGGUGCAGGGCCCGGACAUGCCUUGAGUGUUUGGGAAAGCGAGUGCUGCCCAUUCAUGGAACGCCGUUAAGAUGGGCUGAGAGACGCUUGUUUCCCAGACGGCUGGUUGGUAGGACUGUAUGAAAAGUCCUUUACUCAAGAGCCAAAGUCCGCAGCAGAGGUCAGCUCAAUGGCACAAAACCCAAACGGUGGUGGUGCCAGGCGGCAUCCCCUCUUUUGACCUUGUGCCAGCCUCCUAGUUAAAGGCAGCAAUCCACGAAAAUUUCUAAGGAAAUGCAAUGAAAAGCAGCUGGGGUGGCACCAAGAGCACUUUGGGUCCCACUGGAGUCCCCUCGAGACCCCGCAGUUUUAUGUGUGUCUCAUUUGGGGUUAAAAACUGAACUGAUGCAGGUUAAUUACUGGGGGACAGCAGCUUGCGGGGGGUGGGGGGCUGGGGAACUGCCUUUGACUGGUCCAGCGUGCAUGUGCAAAGCAUAGGCAGAGGGAACACACCUGCGGGAGCUCCUGGAUUCUUGCGUCUUCAUUCAAGAGGUGCUCCCUUCCCAGAGCAUCUCCUCCCUGCCAGUGCUGCAGCCUAGGCAGAGAAGUUUCACGCCACCAUCCCUGUGAGCAGCCAAGUGGAUCGCAUCAUGGAUGGCUCCUGCAAAAGUCCGGAGACGUGUGCCACUGUUUCCCUGCUUCAGAAUAAUCUCCAAGACCUAUAAACAGGUUUCCAGAGUGUCUUCAAUAAACACGGAGAAGCUCCAUCUCCGCUUAGGAGUAUGCACAGAGCUCCAGGAAGGAGCCUCACAAGUUUAGGGUACAUUGAUGCCAUAAGCAGUUUCUAAAAACUCUACGACUUUCUCACAAUCCUACUGAGGAGGGGGAGAAAAAAAAAAUGAUCCUUGCCUCUAAAUUCUACCCAAUACUUUGUUUCCUAUGUCUAACACCUGUUCUUAAUAUCUGUAAAUAGAACAAGAGAAAAGAAACAUAUUUACUGAAAAGUUGUGUUUUAAUGCUGAAUAUUUUUCGUAAGUUUUGUGACAUAGACUCACUCCAUCUCUCCCUUUCAUGCUUGAAGUGUCAAAAGGUUUUUUUAAGAAAACAAGAUAAGCCAAAUUAUAUUUUAACAUAUAACAUUGAGCACUUUUUCUCUUUUCUUGUCCCCUGCCCCCUGCAAGGAGGAGGAAUGAUUUCUAUGGAUUUAGGCACUGGAUUCCUUUUAUCUAGGUUUUGCUGGCAUCUUCAUGUAUGUCCAUGCGUAUGGUUUCAUAGUUCAGAAGGUGUAAAGGUUCUAGUGUUUUGACACAUUUGUUUCUGGCAACAGAAUUCUAUCAAAUAAAGUGCUUCCAUUUGAAAGCAAGUAAA